CUUAUGUAUACGUAGGUUUACAGAGAUCCAUACAGGCCAAGGGUGAUAAAAUUGAAGUUUUUCUGAUGCCUUAGACAAUCAGCUGGUGCAGCAUCACCAAUUCUAAUCAUAUCUGAGAUGCUAAUGGACAAUAUAUUUGCAUGACAUGAACCUCUAGGUACUUUAUGGGUAUGUUGAUGAAUAAAGGACACAGUCUCAAUAUGAAAUAUUUCAGUUGCUUUCACAUAAACUACACUAUCAAAAUUGUGGUUUUCCUACCAUAGUUUCCCUAUUAACCUGGUGUGUUCUGCAGCCACAUUAGUAGCAGGCCCUGCAGGUUCUCUAAUCACAUGCUUUUUCACCUGCUGUGGUUUCCUAAUGUUACCCUCCCUUUCAGAAUCGAUCAAUGUUUGUAGAUAAGAUGGCAGCAUAACCCAGUCACAAACACCUUUCCAAAGGGAUGAGAGGCAAAACCUCUGCCAUGAAGACUCCAAAGGUCCGAGGCAUUACAACAUCCAUGCUCUCCCAACAAAGAAUGUCUCACUUCACCUUAAGACGCAGGAGCAAGAAGGAUGGCGUCAUUCAGGGCAAGCUGCGCAUGCGCUCUAUGCCUGGUGUUUUCCUGGUGCUGGGGGCUGUCAUAGUGGUUCUUGGCACAGCUCUUGCAGUGGCAGGUUACUGGCCUUACCAGAGCUUGAGAUCAUCCAUCCUGCAGCCUGUAGAGGGAGAAAGCAUCUCUGAGGCACCUACUUCUGAACCGAGUCUGGGAGCUGAGGGACUAUUGUCUACAACCAACUUUAUUCAUAGUGAGAGGAUGAAGCUCCUUGGACCUGUCAUAAUGGGAGUUGGACUCUUCAUCCUUAUCUGUGCCAAUGCAGUCUUGUACGAGAACCGGGAUAGAGAAACUCAGAUAUUACUUGCUCAGUUGCAUAAUGUUGUUUGUUCUGUUUCUGCAGUUGUGCCCUCAGCAGACCUGAAAGAAAUAGCAGUGGUCAAUUCAAUGACCAAACACUACCGCUGGAUGAGUAAAUUACCAGCUGCUCACCUCAAUGUUCUUUGUUUGAACCAGUAUGCCUGCUCAGAGCCUCUGCUCCAGACCAAAACCCUCAGACAGCAGGAGGACAAAGACGGUUACUCCCAGCAGGAAGUCCUACAGACAGAGGCACUUCACCACCAAAAGUCAGAGCUGCAGCCUUCUCAGCUGUCUUCCAACUCAUGUAACUACAGUGAGACAGACUUAAACACAGAGUCCGGUAUGGAGCCUAGAAGUAGUACCAGGGAGCUUCCCCUGCAGGCCAUGCUGGGGCUCAACAACUACUUGAUGAGUGCCAGCUCCAUGUCUGUUCUUGUGACAAAUGAGUGUUGUGUCCCAGUUACCCAGCCUAGGCGCUGCCACAGUAUGAGCUAUAGGACUAAGCCUCACCGAGUACAACCUGCUGUGCGGUGUGAAGAACGGUUCUCCACUCCUCAUCAGGAGGGGCAAGCUAAUGAAGCUGGAAUCACAAGUACAGACUCCAUGUCACAGAUUUGUAGACACAUGUCUGGACAUGUUCUGGAUGCAGUGGAUUUGCAGAUUCAUCAAAGCUGGCCUGGGCUUGACCUGAACAGUGGGAGAAAAUACCCGAACCUGGAGAAUAAGGAGGAGUCUGUGGAAAAAUUGCUGGAACAUUCCCAGCAGCAGUGGGAUAAGGGUUUUGGCUCUGGACCUUUCUAGUGAAAGCUGCUUCAUGUGGUUCCUCCCCAUGACAAACUGAUCACCAAGGAGUGAUCUCUUUCCCUCUGGAUUCUCAAACUGGUCAGUGUGUGUGAUGUUAAAUUUUGCGUGAGGCAAACAUGAGUCUGUUUGCACAUCACAGCAUUUUUGUUUGGGUAAAGUUGGUCAAAGCAUUCUGUCCUUUCAAGAACAAGACAAGGACCUGAAACUAAGUGAAGGAAUUGGCCACACUGGCUCCAUUUGCAUUUUGGUACAAGAGUACAAUUUACAAGCCAUUGCCAAAAGCUUGUACUUACUUCCACUGUUGUGCCACUGGAGGCUGAGCCCAUAAAGUAUUGACAGCUACAUCCAAAUGUUCUUUAUUUUUUUAAAAGGCUGAGACUAUAUACACGAUGGCUGGGUACGCAGUGGGCUCGUGUAUCCGGCCGUAUCUACAAAAUUCGACUCACAAAUUAAAAUUUCCGAAGCCAAAAUGAU